UGUGUCUCCUGCCUCUCUCCCUGCCAGGUGUUCUCCAUCGUGGUGUUCGGCUCCAUUGUCAAUGAAGGGUACGUGAACCGCCUGGACGAGACACAAGAGCACUGCAUUUUCAACCGCAAUCGCAAUGCCUGCAACUAUGGCAUUACCGUGGGUGUCCUCGCCUUCCUCAGCUGCCUUCUUUACCUGGCUCUGGAUGCCUACUUCCCGCAGAUCAGCAGCGUCAAGGACCGCAAGAAGGCAGUGCUCUCGGACAUCGGAGUCUCGGCCUUUUGGGCAUUCCUCUGGUUCGUUGGCUUCUGCUUUCUGACCAACCAGUGGCAAGCUUCAAAAGAAGAGGACAACCCAUUGAAUGAGGGAGGGGAUGCAGCCCGAGCAGCCAUCACGUUCUCGUUCUUCUCCAUCUUCACCUGGGUGGGCCAGGCAUUCCUGGCGUAUCAGCGUUUCCAGCUGGGUGCCGAUUCGGCCCUCUUCUCCCAGGACUACAUGGACCCAAGCCAGGACUCCGGCAUGCCUUAUGCUCCCUACACGAACGAGGAGGAUGCUACAGAUGCGGUGGGGACGUACCAGCAGCCCCCUCCGGCAGAUGCUUUCGACACCGAGACACAGGGGUACCAAACGCAGAACUACUGAGCCACCGAUGCCCCUUUCCCUUCCCCUUUCCCUUCUGUCCCCUUUCCCGCUGCCGGCAGAAAGCCAAGGCACAAACCAGAGACGUGCGUAGUGGCACAAGAGGUGGCUCUCAGCUAUGCUCCAGCCUUCUGGGUCAUCUGUUUUUAUUUAUCGUUUUUAAAAAA